AUGGCAAUAGUAUUGGUAGUGGGUAUGAAUGCAGUGAAAGAAGCAUAUGAAGAUUAUAAAAGAUAUAAAUCAGAUAGAUUAAUAAAUAAUAAGAAUUGUAAAGUGAUUAGAGAUGGUAUUGAAGUUGAUGAGAAGUGGAGUAGAUUAGCAGUUGGAGAUAUCGUUGUUGUUAGAAAUAACGAAUCAUUUCCAGCGGAUUUAGUUUUGCUUUCUACGAGUGGCGAUGUCUCACCGAGUAUCUGUUUCGUAGAGACUUCCAAUUUGGAUGGCGAAUCUAAUUUGAAAUCUAAACAAGCGCUACUAGAAACCAAUCAACAGUUGCAAUCACCAACUGACUUUCUAACAUUCCAAGCUAAACUACAGAUUGAAUCACCCUCUAUCAAUUUGAAUAGUUUUCAUGGUGUAAUUAAACUGUUGUUGACAAAUGAAAAUGAACAAACAGAUGAAGAAGAGGAAGAAGUAAAAGAUAAUAAUUUAAAUUCGAUAUCUACAUUUACAACUACAUCUACAUCCACCUAUUCAUUGACAUUAGAUCAAUUGUUAAUUCGUGGAACUUGUUUAAGUAAUACCGAUCAUGUCUAUGGUGUUGUUGUCUACGGUGGACAUCAAUCGAAAUACAUGUUGAAUACACGACAUACACCCUAUAAGAGAAGUAGAUUCGAUAGCUAUGUCAAUAGGAUAUUGAUAGCGGUGUUCAUCUUUGAAUUCUUUCUUUGUUUGAUGUCAAGUCUGUUGGGAUCCACUCGCUAUGGGCGAAUAGGUGACACUUGGUAUUUGCCUUUGGGCAAUGACUCUACUCAAGAUACAUUGCAUCUAUUCUUUUCAUUUGUAGUGCUUUUCGGUGGAAUUGCACCGUUCACUAUGUUUCUAUCAUUGGAAUUCGUUCGUAUUCUUCAGUUGAUAACGAUCAAUCGUGAUAAAAAGAUGUUCCACUAUGAAUCAAACUCUUUUGCAUGUGGAAGAACAUCGAAUCUAAAUGAAGAGCUUGGUCAAGUCGAAUAUAUAUUCACCGAUAAAACAGGUACUCUAACAAGGAAUCAAAUGCAAGUCAAAAAGAAUAUGAUCAACAAUGUCGUAUAUCAAUCUAGAUUCUAUAAUAGCUAUCAUAAUGGUGAUAAUAAAAAUCUUAAACAGUCAAUAAAAGAUAAUGGCAACAACAAUAAUAAAGAUAAAAGCAAAGAAGAGAUAGAACUAUAUGAAGAGGAAGAAGAAGAAUACUUAGGAAUUACCAUGAGUAAACUUGGUAGCUCAUCAGAUAUUGAGAAUGAAAUGAGGAGUAGUAAUAGUAGCAACAGUAGUAAUAACAUUAAUAUUAAAGAAGAAAUCGAUAUGAAUGAUCCAGAUACAUUUGAAUUCUUUUUAGCCCUAUCAAUAUGUCAUUCUGCAAUUCCAGAAUCAAUUGAUGAAAAUGGAAACAUUAAAUACUCAUCUUCUUCGCCAGAUGAGUUAGCACUUGUAAAAGAAUCAUCUAAUAUGGGUAUUAAAUUUCAUACUAGAACUACCAAUUAUUUAAGAAUCAAUGUAUUAGGCAUUGAAAGAGAAUAUAAACUAUUGAAAGUAUUGGAAUUCGAUAGUGAUAGAAAGAGAAUGUCUGUAAUCGUUACGCAUUACGACUCUGACGAUAUCAUUAUGUAUUGUAAAGGUGCGGAUUCAGUUAUUCUACCUAGAUUGCUUGAUUAUGGCGACGCUAAUAAUAUAGUAGAUCUGAUAUCAAGCUAUAAGGAACAUCUUCAUAGAUUCUCAUGUGAAGGAUUGAGAACUCUUUGUGUUACAAAGAAGAUAAUUCCACGCGAUGAAUAUGAACCUUGGUCGUUGAAGAUGAACGCUGCCAACCUGUUGUUGAACGGUCGUAAUGAAAGAGUUGGGGAACUUUCAUCAGAGAUUGAACACGGUUGGAGUAUGUUGGGUAUCGUCGGGAUUGAAGAUCGACUGCAGGACAGAGUACCAGAGACCAUUGCCAGACUCUCGGAUGCAGACAUCAGGAUAUGGAUGAUAACCGGUGACAAACAAGAGACUGCAAUCAACAUUGGCAUAUCAUGUUGUCUCUUGGAUCCAGAAGAAGAUAACUAUCUAAUAUUAAACGAAACAAACAUACUAGAAUUACAAAUGAAAUUGGAACUUAAUUUAAAACAACAAUUGGAAAACAUUCCACAAGUUAAUAACAAUAAUUCUAAUAAUAUAAGAUCAAUAAUAAUUGAUGGAAAUACACUGUCUCUAUUAAUUGGUAAUAAGAAUUUAGAAGAUUCAUUCUAUAAACUGGCAAACAAUGUAAAGAGUGUAGUUUGUUGUAGAUUUACACCGUUUCAAAAGAGUGAGGUGGUUCGUAUCGUCAAGGAGAGAACCAGUGGCAUUACAUUGGCAAUUGGUGAUGGCGCCAACGAUGUUUCGAUGAUACAGAGAUCACAUGUCGGUGUAGGUAUCAGUGGAUUCGAAGGUCGUCAAGCGGUGCUCGCCAGUGACUUUGCAAUAGCACAAUUCCACUAUCUAGAGAGAUUGGUACUGGUUCACGGAAGAUGGAACUACAAGAGAAUAGCUACUCUACUAUGCUAUACAUUUUGGAAGAGUAUUAUAAUCUCGCUGAUUGAACUCUGGUUUAAUAUUUUCACUGGAUUCUCUGGCUCCAAUAUUGUCGAUGAUAUCAACACACUACUUCUCGGUGUAGUAUAUGCAUCCGUACCGGUAAUUAUCUACGGUGCAUCAGAUAAAGAUAUCGAUUCCGUGAAUAUCCAAAACUAUCCUUCUUUAUAUAAAGAAACACAAAGUAGUAAGAAUGUAAGAAUCAAAAAUGUUUCUACUACACCAAUUUUUGAUAAUUUAAUUAACAUUUAUUAUAAACUUAAAGUUUAA